GGAUACCGAGUUUUCCGCUUGGCAACGCUCACACCGUGUAUAGCGCAACACUACGCUUGCGAAUCGCGCAGCAUCCGGGCUUUGGGUCCAUUGAUGUGACGAUGCUGAUUAGCUUGUCGCGGUCUAGCACACUCGUCGUCAUCGUGCCUCAUCGUGCGCAGGAAGUCCCCAUCAAUAAUUCCGGCUCCACCACCACACUCAUCCGUGGGUUCGCCAAGCAUGGGAUAUACAGUGAGUCUCAUCUGCGUGAUGCAAGAGUGCUACCAUAAGUAAGACGUCGAACCCCGGUCGAGCCGUUUGAUUACCUAGACGUUUCGACGCCCCCGGCCCAGAAGCCUUGUGGAUUUGCUGUAUCCAUCCGUGCACCCCACUCACGCGACGUGGUAUGCCGGUAGCUGCACCUCUCUUGACUAGUCAUAACGGCGAACGCCUCAAUGCGGAUAACUGGGUCGCAGAUGAUAGUCACCUCGUAUUGUUUGCCUAUGAAGCUUGGGGCCAUGCUCGCCCGCUUUGCAAUCUAGCUUCUCGGCUGGUGCAGUUGAGAAACGCGUCCGUGACUUUCUUCACCACGCCAGCUUUCUACGAUCGUGUCAAGGCAGAGCUAGCUCGUAAUUUCGAUGACAAUGAGCUUCUUAUGACCCGGAUUAGGGUCGUUGCGCUGCUUCAUACAGGGAUACAUUCACUCGACAACUCGGUGCUCGAUGAUUCCUUCGCUCGAGCGUUCGGGAAGCUCGUCAAGGGCGAACGAUUGCAGUGUGUCCAGACCGGGACCAUAUACCAACCCACGGCUCCCCCUAAAGCCGCCAUAAUCGACUUCUUCGGUCUGCCUCUUUUGCAAGCCGUGCGCCGCCUUAGCAUCGAAGGGAACCCCAUCAAAGUCUUUGUGUGGUUCGCAGGUGCAUCCUCGAUCAUCAUCCGGCUCUGUGCGCCAGAGCGACUGGGGGGAAUAGGCGACCUUCGUGCUAAGAGCGAAGAGGAAGCCUCCCAAAGCCAGGUGGAUGUGGCACAAGCUGCAGGAGAGAUUGCGCUCGGGAACAAGGGGGCUGUGAUCCGGAUUCCAGGGCUCCCUCCAAUGUAUGACUACGAGAUCGAACCGCAGAUGGUAUUGGGCACGGCUUUAUUCGGUGCCAUGUGCCUCUCAGCACACGAGGUUGUCAAUGCCUGCGACGGCAUUAUUUUAGCAAGUCCGGAAUGUUACGAGCCGGAGACCACAGCUGCUCUGCAAAAGUGGAUGGCGGAGACCUCCCGUUCCGUAUAUUGCGCUGGACCAAUGAUUGCCAGCGGUAUGCGUGCAAUCACGAUUGAGAAGGAACAGUCAGAAGAUGCCGCCGAGAUUGAUGACUUCCUUGAGUCCAUCUUGAGACGACGCGGCGAACGGUCCCUAUUAUAUGCAUGUCACUUUAUAUCGUUCGGCACCGUGUACUGGUCGAUGGAGCCGGAGAAGAUAUGGGCUUUCUUGGACGUGGUGAUGGAGCUUCAAAUACCAUUUCUUAUGAGCCUUCCGUCCCGCUGGGCGACUGUACCGCUGGAGGUCACCGAAAAAGUUAGGAACUAUGCAGAUGGCCUUCUAACUCGGUACUCGCCUCAGCAGCAUGUUCUAAGCCAUGCGGCGACCGGGUGGUUCUUGACACACGGUGGCCACAACAGCGUCAUUGAAGCGGUCUGUGCCGGGGUGCCAAUGAUCUGCUGGCCGUUUUCUUUCGACCAACCGCUGAAUGCGAUCCACUUGACAAAGAACCUAAACGUCGCGUACGAGAUAUUCCAUGGGCGCACCGGGUCGGGAUUGAAGCCUGUACAUCGCCUUGGAAAGGCCCCCGAGGGCACGCUAGAUGCUGUGAAAGAGGAAGCGCGCGACGUCUUAACCAACGCUUUCGGCGAGGGCGGCCAGCGCAAGCGAGAGCAUUUGCAAGCUUUGCGACAGCGAACUCUCGACGCCCGGUCCAAACAAGGCACCUCUACGCGCGACAUGAAAGCUUUCUUGGAUACGCUGUGAUCAUGGGGAUGUGUUCGGAAUUGCUUGCUCAUCAACGAGUUCCGAAGCAGGAGGCGAGAAUGAAUCUUUAAGUACUAGCUUCGGGCGUCACCAUUGACUUCCGCCUCCCGUCUCGGCACUGGCCAAGAACAGUGCGGCGGGGGCAUAGCCCGGCGAAUCGUCGAUACUCAAAGUUUUGGUGGGAUAGAAUGAAGUUGGCGCAACAUGUAAUUUAAAUUACAACGGGA